UUGCUAUUAGCAAGCAAGCUGAAAAUGUAUAAUUGAUGCAUAUACAACAGAUGUCGUCUAACUGCUGUCUGGUCUGACGUAUCAACGAGGAUUUCCUAGGCUCAGUCAGGCCACUUUUGGUCCACGCAGGGAGCCAUGAAAGAGCCAAAUGUGGCUCAGGAUCCACAUGUUGGAGACCUCGGACAUAUAAAAAUAACACCAUCAUAUCAUUGCUCAAACUCCAGUUCUCAGUUUUUCUCUUUUAGUCAGGCUGAACUACUGUCAGCGUCUCCUCUGUCGGUCUAGUGUCUGUUCUGUGUCAGUGCAGAAGUCACGUGAAGGCUGUCAUCACAGCUUUUUCAUUGCUCUAUAAAAACCUGCAGAAACGAGCGUGUAGACGAAGCCGUUAAAAGAAACCAGUGUUGGAAUGACCAUCUUUGGACGUCAGGGAGGCUCUGGGAUGAUUACUGCUCUUUUACUGUUUACACACUGUAUGGUACUGUAUGGGUUAUACUGUAUCAGGUCACAGUAAAAAGUACUGGAUUCUGACUUUUGUAGCAGGUAGCAUUGACAAUGUGUUUGUAUAGUAAUGGUGGUCAUAUAGUAAUGCACUAUUAAGAACACAAUCCUCACUAUACUGCACAUGGAGAACAAUAACAAAGUACUAGGGUAAAAGUAAAACAUGAACGACUUUGCAUUUUACUUUUGAACAAAUGAUCACACUACUUUUGACAUAUAGGGACACGUAAUCAAACUAUUUAUGUUCUUGAAUUUCUUAAUCAGAUUUUCCUGGUUACAUUUUAAACAUAAUAAUUAUUAUAACAUUUUACAGAUUAUUUAUGUCAACAGCGAUGCAGGUGAUUUUCUUUUAAAAAAAAUUGGACUAAAAUUGCUAGGUGUUCUCAGACGGAGACCUGUGUGCACCUCAGACGGUGUAAUGCAGAUGCCCCCGGGUCCUGUUACAGGGAGGGAGGCAGUGAUCAGUUUAACAUAAACCCUCACACACAGGCUGUCCUUCUGCAGACUGUCAGCAAUUCCCUUCUCCAGUCUGGAUCCUGAUUCUCCAGCCUCUAACUCGGAGCAGCUGAAUUCAUCUGAGGACAGACUUACAGAAUUCCAUUACUGCAGGUCAGGUCAGCGAGCUGUGAGCGGUGGAGUGACGAUCUGAAGUCCCGCAUUUUGAUAGAAACUGGACUACGUGAGCAGGUGGCCUCAGGGUGGAGCCUUAUUUUUGGUCUAAAAGCCUCGAGGACGUAACAACAGGGGGGGAAAGAGAGACAGGGAAAAGGGUAAGGACUGCCAGAAGAAGAAGUUCAAAAUUCAGCUGUACUUUGUUGAGCUUGACUACCAGCAGUAUUACUACAACUAUUACCACUACUACUACCACUACUACUACUACUAUUACUAUUAUUAUCCCUACUAUUCCCCCACACUGUGUUAAAUCCCUGCUGCCGCUGUUUUGAUAAUGCGGAGCUAAUGAAGGGACAGAACGAAACCUGAGCCACUGCUGUAAAAUGGCAGCAGGGCUGUUAACGGGACAGGAGCAUGGUGCUGUUUGGGUUCACCAACACAACGACAGCCACCAGGCGAUGGGCUGACCCGUCACAGACACUACCUCAUCAUAUGACUCUGUCCUGACUCACAUAUCAUCCAGAGGCUGCAGGCCUCAGCAUGGGCAACUCCUCCAGGAAGGAGGAGGGAGAGGAAGAAGACGAGGGGGGGAAAGAUGGCCAAAAGAAAGACAAAAAUGAAGAAGAGGACGAAGAAGGAGAAGAAGAAGAAGAGGAGGAGGAGGAAGAGGAGGCAGAACUUCCUCUGGGGGUGGAAGAGCUGUUGGAGAGCGGAGACCCUGUGCUGGAGCUGAGCUACCGCAAAUUCAAGCGUUUACCGUCACGUGUGUGUGGACUGCUGCAUCUGGAAAAACUGUAUGUUUGUGGGAACAGCCUGCGAACCCUGCCCCCCACCAUCUCCCAGCUGCAGGAUUUGCGGACACUGGCCCUAGACUUCAAUAAGAUAGAAGACGUCCCAUUGGCCGUCUGCCAGCUCACCAAACUCACUCGACUGUAUUUGGGGAGCAACAGGCUGAUGGUCUUCCCACCUGAGCUCAAGAACCUGCAGAAUCUGCGCUGCCUGUGGAUGGAGAGCAACUACUUCCAAAGAUUCCCGCGGGUGCUCUACGACCUUCCACACCUCAAGUCCCUGCAGAUCGGGGACAACAGGCUGAAGUCGUUGCCCAAUGACCUGUGGCGCAUGGAGUCUUUGAGGGGAUUAUGGCUCUACGGGAACCGCUUUGAUGAAUUCCCCAAAGUCUUACUGCGCAUGAAGAACCUGGAGAUCUUGGACGUUGAUAGGAACAAGAUAUCAGAAUUCCCCAGCUUGAAGCGCCUCAAAGCCCUGCACCUGUUCUCCUAUGACCAUAACCCAGUCAAGGAACCUCCUUUAGUGGGCGAGGAGGUGAUAGUAGUGGGGGAAGGAGCCGCAGAAUUUCUGGAGGCACGCGAGGCAAGAAAGGAGAGGAAAAGAAAGGCUGCAGAGAAGGAGGCAGAGGAGUUGGCUCUGGCAGCUGAGGAGCCAGUAAAAGUGCAUGGGAUUCUGAAGAACAGCAGCUCAAAACAGACACCGAGUUCGGCAGCAGAUGACGCCGAAGGUAAAGAUGAAGAGCUUCUGGCUGGAGAAGAGGAGGAGGAGCAGGAGCUGGAGGAGGGAGACAUGCCUUUCACUGAGUACGACGAGGCCGAGCUUGAGUACAAUGAAGAGGGCGUUGAAUAUGAGACAGAGGAGCUCAUAUGUGAAGGGGAAGGAUUUGAGUACGACGGCGAGGAGCUGGAAUAUGAAACGGUUCAAACGGACUAUGAGUACGAGGAGGAAGAUCCAAAAUGAGAGAGAAUUCCACUAGCUGCAGCUGCAGGUUUAUUACACCAUGGGUUCGGAUAUUUUUCGCUAUGCCGCUGAUUUCUGAUCAGUUUUAUCGGUGAUACUAAUGCUGUGCAUUGUAGUUCUGUACACAGACACGUGUCCUUCAGCUGAGGAUAACUCAAAUCAGAGCAGGACUCAGAUCAAGUGCGGCGAUAUUCCCUGUGUAUGGUUGUUUACUGUGAGUGUACACAGGAGAUCAGGUCUUCCACUAUAAAGUUUAAAAUCCUUUGACCAAGUCUUUGUCCAUCAUUGAUUCCUGUUUUCCCCAUGUCAUGGUUUCUAACUGUUUUAUAUCCAUGUCAGUAUUUUUAAUAACCUUAGUCUUAGUGCCCGGGCCGAGAACUGGAUUAAGAUUUACAAACCAGUCAAUCUCAUCAUAAACAUCCCCGACACUCACACUCACACACACCACCUUGUUAGCCUGGUGUAAGCAGUGCUGGGAGUGUCAGUGUCAAGACAGAGCGGAGGACAAGCAGGAUUAUUACAGGGAUGAAUAGCUGGGGUGCCUCACCAUAAAAGGUACGUCCAUAGGGAGGCUCGAGACACCAGCACCGACCCAAAGGUGCAUUCGCAGGAAGUCAAGCCUAAACGUUCACUUCGGCUCAGAGACUCUGGUCCACCGAGGUUCUCCAGGACAUCUUUUUGGCAACUUGCUUUACUUUCAAACUCAGAUGAAAACCGGCCUUGUUCUCCUCUCAUCUCCACACUCAUUAUUCAUGCGGAGCUCAUAUGUAAUCUAAUUCGCUCUCCGUCCACAUAUCUGUUUCGCCAAUCUUAUUGAAGGAGUGAAAUAUUUAUCCCAGUGCUGAAAUAUUAACGCCUGUUCUCAUG